GAAGAGUAGUGUUGAUUUAUAUCUCCCCUUACGUCUUGGUCUUGCGUCGUCUUUUGGAAUCGCCAGCUCGCCAAAAAAAAAUGCUGCUGCUCCAUCUCCAUCCUGCGUCUUCCUCUAUAUCUAUACCAUCAUCCAUAUCAUCCAUCCGUAUUGUGGAUUGUUGGUAGCUUUAGUUUCAUUUGGAAGGUUAUAGAUUCAUGCUUAUAUUUGGGGUGUGGCAUCUUAUUUAAAUAAAUAAUAAAUAAUAUGUCGUUCAAUUUAAAUAUUACCGUGACUUUGUGAUUUAUUUUCUUUUUUUUUAUUAACAUUAGACGCAAUCUCAUAAUCUAUCAGUUUCAUUGUCCAAAUUUCAAUGCUCAAGUGUUGUCAUCAGUGUUGACUAUAUAUUUUUUUUUUUUUAAAUUUUAUUUUGUCCAAGGGGUUGAAAAUUUAAUAUAAACACAAUUAAAUAAAUAAAAAUUAAUACGUUUUGAAUAAUAAAGUGAAAUAAAAAUUAUAAGUUGGUAAUUAUGAAGACAUUUGAUAUUAAAAAGUGUUAUAGGUUAAAUGAAAUUUGUAUUCAUCAAGUAUUGCUAAGAUGAUUCAUAUAAGUAAAUCAGUUAUAAUUGUAUGGAGCUUACGGCAACAUAAUCAGCUAUUGUCGGAAUCAUAUUUAAGGAUUUUAAAUUAAAAGUUCAUGAAACGACGAGUUAUAUUUAAGCUGUGGGAUGUUGAAUACCGUCUGUUCCCCACAGCCUCCAGAAUACACCGAGAUGUCUCGGUUGGCUGAUUAUUUUGUGGUCGUUGGUUAUGAUCAUGGUAAAGAAAGAGCUGGAACAAGUAAUGGAAUUAUUGUCCAAAGAUUUCCUGAGAAAGAUUGGCCAGACACACCAUUCAUUGAAGGCAUCGAAUGGUUUUGUCAGCCACAAGGAUGGGCGCUUUCGACAGAAAGACAGGAGCCACGUUUUUUCGUGUCCGUCCUUACGGACAUAGAUGCGAACCGUCAUUACUGUGCAUGCAUGUGCUUCAAUGAAACUGUAUCUAUUGUACCGAGUAAACCGGUUGACGAAGAGGAAGAACCUGUUGAUGGAGUUAAUCGUACACUAGUUAGAGCUAUUCCAGCAAUUACACAUCAUAGUAUUAUGUACGCGCCAAAAUGUCUGGUGUUGGUUUCAAGAUUAGAUUACAUCGAAACAUUUCGGAACUGUUUGGGUAUUAUUUAUACGGUGUACGUUGAAAAUCAUGAAAUUCCGCUGGAAACAUUAGUUGGUAAUAUACUAGGAUGUAUUCAAGUACCACCAGCAGGUGGUCCACAAGUUCGUUUUAGUAUAGGUGCUGGUGAUCGACAGGCAUUACAACCUCCGAUAAGUCCAUCUCUUCCAAUUACUCACACUAGUGUUAAUUUAUUAUUCCAACAACUUGGAAUUCGUAAUGUAUUAGUAUUGUUUUGUGCGGUAAUGACCGAACACAAAAUUCUAUUUCAUUCUGCUAGCUAUUCUAGACUUACUGAAAGUUGUCGAGCGCUUACUGCAUUAAUGUAUCCAUUUCGAUAUACUCACGUAUACAUUCCAUUAUUACCUGCUGCUCUUGUUGAAGUUCUUAGCACACCAACACCAUUUAUUAUGGGUGUACAUAGUUCGUUAAAACAUGAAAUAGCUGAACUUAUGGAUGUAAUAGUAGCUGACUUAGAUGGUGGUUCCAUAAUGGUUCCAGAUGGAGUAUCACUGGCCCUCCUUUCCGAACCAUUGUUAUCGCAAACACAAGAUGCUUUAUCACUUGUUCUACAGCCACAACUUACUUCCGCGGAUCACGCAUUCCUUCCUGCGGUCGUACCAGUCACUGAUCCUCCAAUGUUAGAUAAAGAAUUAAGAGCAGUAUUUAUGAGAACUUUUGCACAAUUAUUACAAGGAUAUCGUAGUUGUCUUACAUUAAUUCGAAUUCAUCCAAAACCAGUUAUCACAUUUCACAAGGCGGCAUUUGUUGGUGAACGAGGUCUCACUGAUUGUGAUUUCACUAUUAGAGUAUUAGAUUGCAUGUUCUUUACUUCUUUUAUCGCUGAACGUGGUCCACCAUGGCGACCUUGUGAUAUAUGGGAUGAACUGUAUAGUAAUAUGAGUGAUCAGCUCAAACAAGAAUCUCAGGAUCACGGAUUGGUAUUGACUCAUAUACAAGAGUUAGCAAAACAACUAGACAAAAAUGAAAAUCCAAAUCCCCAAGUUUAUGUACAAAAAAUAUUAAAACCACCAGAAGGUGCAUUCGCAAGAAUACAUCAGCCACUUUUUCCGCACAUUAAUUCAGAGCAAGUUCAGGCAAUCAUAGACGAAGGUUUAACUAAAAAUAAUUUAAAAGUACGUUUAUCAACACUUCAACCUCGAAUAGUGCCAUCAGGUCCUCACAUAUCGAUGGUCCAUGAUAUUAGACAUUUAGUUAGUAAUUCAGCUCGUAGAUUAGAAGUACUCCGUAGUUGCGUCAAUUGUAUAUUUGAAAAUAAAAUAUCAGAUGCACGUAAAACAUUUCCAGCAGUAUUACGCGCGUUAAAAAGUAAAACUGCUCGGUUAGCGUUGUGUAUGGAGUUAUCUCAACAUGUUAUCGGUAAUAAAGCGAUGCUUGAACACCAACAAUUUGAUUUAGUUGUUCGUUUAAUGAACUGCGCAUUGCAAGAUGACUCAGCUAUGGAUGAACACGGAGUAGCCGCAGCUUUACUCCCCCUAGCUACAGCAUUCUGUCGUAAAUUGUGUACCGGAGUGAUACAAUUCGCGUACACUUGUAUUCAAGAGCAUCCUGUAUGGCAAAAUCAGCAGUUUUGGGAAGACGCAUUUUAUCAGGAUGUGCAAAAAGAUAUUAAACGCUUAUAUUUACCAGCUGAUAAUUUAAUGAGACUAGGAAAUGAAGGACUUGUCAGUCCGAUAAGUCCGAGAGAAUAUAAAGAAUUUUCCUUGCGCGACCGAACUUCGAUGUAUCGAAAUCAAGAACCAUCGGCAUUGGAAAUAGCGGCUGAACAAAUGAGAAUAUGGCAGUCUAUGGAUCCGGAUAAACAAAAAGAACUUGUUGCUAGUGAAGAAAGUACGAUAUACAGUCAAGCUAUUCAUUACGCUAAUCGAAUGGUAUACUUAUUAGUUCCACCGGACAUCAGCGCUAAAACACAUCGGCAAGAUCAUGUUUAUGAUGAUGAAAGAACGAGUAAUAGUGUCACUAAUAGUGUACCAAGCGAUAGUGGCGAUGCGGAGUCAGGUUUCGAGGAAACUGAUCCCGGGGAGACAGGCAUUGCUGUGAUAAGGAUGGUAUCACGAUUUGUCGAUCGCGUUUGCACAGAAGGCAGUGUCAGUGCUGAUCAUGUUCGGUGCCUUCAUCAAAUGGUUCCGGGUGUCGUUCAUAUGCACAUCGAGACUCUUGAAGCCGUUUACCGUGAAAGUAAAACUUUACCGCCGAUACAAAAGCCGAAAAUACUGACACCGAAUAUGUUACCCGGUGAAGAAGUUAUAAUGGACGGCUUAAGAGUUUAUCUUCUUCCUGAUGGCCGUGAAGAAAGUGUUGUAGGUCUUCCAAGGACACCACCACUCUUACCUGCUGAAGGUGCUAUAUUCCUCACCAAUUAUCGAAUAGUAUUUAAGGGUAUACCUUGUGAUCCAUUUGCUUGUGAACAAAUGGUCGUACGAGCGUUUCCUGUUACGUCUUUAACAAAAGAAAAGAGGGUUGCCGUUCAACAUUUAGUUCAUCUAGAUCAAUGUCUUCAAGAAGGUCUACAAUUACGCUCAUGUACUUUUCAACUUAUAAAACUAGCUUUUGAUGAAGAAGUUACUCCGGAAAAUAUUGAUACGUUAAGAAAACUUGUUAACAAAGCGAGAUAUCCACCUCACAUUUUUCAUCAUUUUGCAUUUAAUGGCCAAAUAUUUGUUGCGCCUACGUCACAUCAAAAGGGCAAAGAAAAGAAUGCAACAUUAAAGGGUUUUGCAAAAAAAACUCUACUGAAGACAGCGAGAAAAGCUGGAUUUAAACCUAAACAAUCAUCGAAAAGACAAAAAUAUGUAUUACCUAAUAUGAAUCUCACAAGCGGAAAUAAAUAUAUGACUUCGCCAGGUAGAAUGAGUCUUCCUGUAACUGAAAAUAAUGAUUUAAGUCAUGAUGACGAUCUUAGCAUUGAUGAAUUUGAAGUUACUGGUUUUAUAUCAGCACCACCAACAGAUGCUAAAACUCUAGAGCGAUUAUCAGAGCGUAGUUAUGUCAGAGACUGGUACAGAUUAGGCCUGAGCCCAAAUAAUUUACACAACAACCGUCGAAACGAACCAUUUCGUUUAACUUCCGUAAACUGCGCAUACAUGAUGUGUCGUAGUUACCCAGCAUUGCUUGUAGUACCAAAUUUAAUAACUGAUGAAAGUAUCAGAAGAUUCUGUCGUUUUUACAGACACAGUCGUAUGCCAGUAGUAACCUGGCGGCAUCCGCGUACAAAAGCUUUGUUGAUACGCGGAGCCGGUUACCACGGAAAAGGUGUGAUAGGAAUGUUGAAGGCACACCCGACAACAACCACCAAUUUAAAAACGACAUCAUCAGAAACAACUUCGACGCUAGAACAAGAAAAAUAUUUAAUGGCACUAGUUGCUGCUACUCCGGCAUCAGUUGUACGUCAAGGCUCUGCCUGGGGUAUGUCUGACAGUUCACUGAGUAUUGAUUCUCUAUUGAUUGCCGCAGAAGACAGAAAUAAUCCUACACCUGAGCAAUCAAGAAGAAAUCCAUUUAAUAAAGCAAUUGGUACUUUGAGUUCUUCUGCUGGUAAAGGCCCGAAAAAUUUUGGUCGCUGGGGUUCAUUGAAAGACAAAAGACACAAUUCUCAAGCCUCUUUGACAUCCGUAAAUCAACGUGGUACUGUCAGACACUCAGCAGAUUCUGACAGUGGAACUGAGUGCGUCCAUACUUUUCAAAGAGCAGCUCUCUAUAUAUUGGGAGAAAAAGCCCACAUGAGAGGAGUAAAAGCCGAGUCAUCACCUAAAAUAGAUUUUAUACCCGUCGAAUACUGCGACUUGAGACACACUAAGACGGCAUUUAAAAAAUUAAUGAGAGCAUGCAUACCAAGUUCACCAAAUGUUGAACCAGAUCAAAGUUUUUACAAACUUAUCGAGAGCUCAGAGUGGUUACAACAGUUACAGAAUCUUAUGCAGCUUUCCGGUGCAGUGAUAGACCUUAUGGAUGUCCAGGGAUCAUCAGUUGCUAUUUGUUUAGAAGACGGAUGGGACACAACGACAACUGUAUGCUCUGUUGCGCAGAUAUGUCUCGAUCCUCACUAUCGCACGAUCGAAGGCUUCAGAACUUUAAUUGAAAAAGAAUGGCUUGGAUUUGGACACAGAUUUGGCCAUCGCAGUAAUUUAGCUGCCAAUUCACAGACCACUAAUUUUACUCCAACAUUUUUACAGUUUCUUGAUAUCGUACAUCAAAUUCAGAAACAAUUUCCUCUCGCUUUUGAAUUUAAUGAUUAUUACUUAAGAUUUCUGGCUUAUCAUUCAGUGUCCUGUCGUUUCCGUACAUUUUUACUUGACUGUGAGUUCGAUCGAGUCGAGUGCGGAAUAACGGCAGUGGAAGACAAACGGGGUUCACUUACAAGUCAUCACAAAGGUGUGGACACUGGCAGCGAUGAUGAAAUUGUUUAUCCAGGAGGUAGACUUGCUGGUACUAAUAUCGGUUGUAAUCUAGGUCUUAGUAUUUUUGAUUACAUUGAAAAACAACAUGCAAGAUGUCCGUUAUUUUUUAAUUUUAUGUACACACCAAAUUCAGACCAUCCUGUACUGAGACCUGUCUCACAUUUACCGAGUCUAGACAUAUGGCAGUAUUAUUUCGAAGAAGAAUUAGCUCAUGGACCAGCAUAUGAUCUUGAAAUUCUACAACAAGAUUCCCAACAAGAGGAAGAAUCAGAGGCUGCUGAUGGUACCGCUAAAAGUAAUCGUAAAAUAGUUACUUUAGGAUACGAUAAUGUAAAUAGUUUGGUACCUGAUCAAUUUACUCAUUUACUUGAGGAAAUUCAUAAACUUGAAACAGAGUUGGGACAUUUGCCUCAAAAGUGGAAAAUUCUUUGGGAUAAAUUGGAACUACCAAAUACUGAUUCGCUGGCACGUCAUGCAUCUUUCAGUACUGAACUUGUUAGAUAUCACGGCAGAUUAAUUCACAAGCGUUCGACAUUAGAACUAUUACUGCGCGGUAAAUUAGCGGGUGGUAAUACAACAGGAAAUGAAAGCUCUGUUUACGCGCAUCCUCAUAGAUUUGAAAGAUUAGACUCGGCGACUCCGACUCACUGUGACGCUUGUUCGGGUGUCUUGUGGGGCCCAGUUAAAGCUGGAUUGCGUUGUGUUGAUUGUGGUCACGUGUGUCAUGACAAGUGUGCUGACACUGUACCCAAAAAUUGUACCAAAUACAAAACGGUUGCUGAUAACUUGCAAUCCCAUACUCUGACACGCAGUGGCAAUGAUACUGGAAGUGUUAAUUCGAGUGUUACGACUAUUCAAACAUCUUCACAACAAUAUUACGAACAAUUUUCAAGUAAUGUCGCCGAAAAUCGCACUCAUGAAGGAUAUUUGUAUAAACGCGGCGCGUUGUUGAAAGGGUGGAAGCAACGGUGGUUUGUUCUUGAUUGUAUUAAACAUCAGUUGAGAUAUUAUGAUGCAAUGGAAGAUUCUCAUUGCAAAGGUUACAUAGAUCUUGCUGAAGUAGUUUCGGUCAAUCCAGCAGCACCAACACCGGGACCACCCAAGAAAACUGAUGACAAGUCAUUUUUUGAUCUCCGUACAAACAGGCGUACGUAUAAUUUUUGUGCGGGAGACGCUGCCACGGCGCAAGAAUGGAUAGAAAAAGUUCAAGCGUGCCUGCAGUAAGUUUUACCUGAUGAUCAACAAUACUCUUUAAAUCUAGUAUCACAAAUGUCUCAAAAUCAAGCAAGUGACUGAUAACGUAAUUUAAGAUUAUCUUAAUUUUGUUACAUAUUUUUUGUAUAGCCUAAUAGUGUACGAUAUAUUAUAAAAAAAAAAAAAAACUAAUAAUUGUUUAAGGCAAUUAUAGUGUAUUAAAUUAUGACAAUGACGAUGUACUGAAUGGAGUUCGAUGUAUGUGAAAAAAUUUUAUGCUUUAUUCCGCCUACUUAAUAAUCGAAUAAAAUAUUUAUGUAUUAUAAAUAUGCUAAACUUUACUUAUAUAUAAAAAAAAAAUAUUAAAGGAAAUAUUGUUUCGUUUAUUAAACUAUUAAAUUUUUAAUUAAAAUCUGUAAUUCUAUAAAUACUGAGUUUUUUAAUAAUUUUGUUAUUAUUUUUGCCAUGUAUUAUUAUUAUUAUUAUUAUUUUUAAUAUGAAACCAAGACUAUAAACAUAAAAUUAAAUAUAAUUUUGUAAUUAAGUUACUAAGAUCGUGAU